AUGAGUAAGCAACGUAGAAGAAAACACUUGCUACUUUUGUUUAUUGAAAGAAAGACACCUAAAAUUGCCCAAAUUUCAUUGCUUUCAUUCAAUCUAUCACCAACUGAUCAAUCCCUAACUAUUCUUAUUCUUGUUAAUCACUUCCAACAACCACCCCGCCCCAUCCGCCCACUUUACAAUACUAUAAAGACCCACCAAUCAAAAUCAAACACGUGUACGGAAAAUUCAGUUAUUCAGUUACUUGGCUUUUUAAAAUAAGCGGCGUGACGCCUACGCAUUUUCCUCUGUUUUCUCUUUCCAAACUUUCCUUCCAUAGCGUUCAUUUUUCUGCUUUGCAUUGAUCUAUGAUUGUGAUCAUAUAAAGUUGAUGAAUUCAAGAAGUGGUUCAGGAUCAUCAAUUGUUUCCCACAAGCAGGGAAACAGGAACAACAAUAGUUUUUCUUUCUGGGUUUUAGUUUGUUCACUUCCAAGUUUUUUGGGCACAUUAAUCCCAUUCCUUAGUUUCAACUAAUUCAAACCAUAAACCAAACAACCCAAAAACAUAAAACAAAUGGUGAUUGUAACUUCAGAUUGUGUUAGUAUUCAUGAUUUUUCUGACGUUUUUGGUCCAUUACCAUUACAACCUUCAAAUGAGACUUGUAUCCAUGAUUCCAAGGAUUCAAAUUAUUGCCCUAAAAAAGGAUUAGAGGAUGGAAUUCCUGAUAUCCAACGGCUGGAUCUUAACAAGAAUUUAAUUGGAGUAAAUGAUUUUGAAGUGCUUAAAGUUGUGGGUAAGGGCGCGUUUGGGAAAGUUUACCAAGUAAAGAAGAAGGGAUCAAUUGAUGAGAUAUAUGCAAUGAAAGUGAUAAGGAAAGAUAAAAUGAUUGAGAAGAAUCAUGUUGAUUACAUUAAUUUGGAGAGGGAGAUAUUGUCAAAAGUUGAUCAUCCCUUUAUUACUAAGCUUACUUACUCAUUUCAGACCAAAUAUAGACUGUAUCUUGUGAUGGAUUUUGUCAAUGGAGGCCAGCUGUUAUAUCAACUUGAUCAACAUGGCUUAUUCAAGGAGGAUUUAGGUCGAUUAUAUGCAGCUGAGAUAGUCUCUGCAGUUGCUUACUUACAUGGCAAAGGCAUCAUGCACAGGGAUCUUAAGCCUGAAAACGUUCUUUUAGACUCGGAUGGUCAUGUUAUGCUGACUGACUUUGGGCUAGCAAAACAAUUCGACGACACAACUAGGGCGAACUCUAUGGUUGGAACUAUAGAAUACAUGGCACCUGAAAUUAUUCUUGGCAAAGGUCAUAAUAAAGCUGUUGAUUGGUGGAGCGUAGGCAUUCUCUUACACGAGAUGCUUAGCGGAGAGUUACCUUUCAGUUGUGGAAAUAAGUACAAAUUACAGCAGAAAAUAAUCAAUAACAAGAUCAAGUUGCCCAAGUUUUUGUCAAGUGAAGCACAUUCUUUACUCAAAGGGUUGCUUCAAAAAGACCCGAGCAAGCGACUUGGAAGUGGGGCUAAUGGGGGUGACGAGAUACGUAGCCAUAGAUGGUUCAAGGGCAUCAACUGGAAGAAGCUGGAAAGAAGAGAAAUUCAACCAAGCUUUAAGCCAGUUGUUGGAGGAAAAGAAUGUUUUGUUAAUAUAGCUGAGGAAUGGACCAAAAUGCCUAUACUGGAUUCACCAGCAACAAGUCCAAGGAUAGGAGAGAACAAACAAAAUCUGUUCAAGGAUUUUGAUUGUAUCAUCUAAAAUCAUGUUUCCCAUGGAAUUGUAAAUACUUGGCUAACUGCCUCUUUAAUUACGAAUAUUGCUUCCUUCAAUCUUUUUUAUUUUUUUGUUAUAAAUUUUAUUCACACGAGUUUUUUUUUUUUUUUUGGGUCUGUUCGUUGACAACUAUACUUGAUUUAAAGGCAUUAAAGAGAUAUUAUAUCCUAUUUUGAAUGCGUAGCAAAUUGAAUAAGCUACCCAAAAUAUUUUAAGUUUUAGCGCAUUUACAAGAACAAAGCACCUCUUUUUAACUAGAUAGUGAUGCAUAAAUAAAAUGCAGACCGUUCCGUUUGAUCUUACAUUAAAAUCAGACCAAAUGAAAAAGGAAAAUUUAAUUUAAAAGGUACGAACUUUAGUUUAUCCGCUUUUAAAGGUUCAAACUUUCGUUUAUUUUUUAAAGGUUUGAACUUUCGUUUAUUUUUUAAAGGUUCGAAUUUUGAAGUGCCUCCACUUUUAAGGUUCUUUUUACCUUUAACCAGUUGAACUAGUUUUUCUUCUUCACCAAAAACAGCUUUCUUCUUCCGCAUCAAUGGCUUCUUCGUUUUCUUAUUCCUCAUCUAAAUUCAGCUUUUGAGUAUUCAACUUUUGAGCUUUCUCCAGCAAAAUGACCAAACCUAUUCAUAUUUAUUUUCAUUUUCAUUUUCAUUUUUCAGUUUGUAAAUUAGGAUUAAUAAAGCCAAACCCUUUCCAA